CAUCCCAACAACGACGACAACAUCAUCAACAACAACAAGAAGCACACACACACACGCGCGCGCGCGUGUGCGUCGGUCGCCCGGCCACAUUCAGAGCCGGCUGAAAGGCAGCCAGCCCCUCUCUCUCUCUCUCUCUCUCUCUCUCUCUCUCUCUCUCUCUCUCUCUCUCUCUCUCUCUCUCUCUCUCUCUCUCUCUCUCUCUCUCUCUCUCUCUCUCUCUCUCUCUCACAGUUUACGCACCAUCUUGAGGGUUUUGCUCGCUGCCAUUUUCUCUCUCUCUCUCUAUCUCUGUGUCGCCGUGCCAACACAACGCCCAACGCCAACAUGUUCAGCAACGUCGCUGCCAAGCUCCGCCCCAUUCGCGAGAUCUGCGUGGGCCUUGCCAUCACUGGCUACAUCUUCUACAACCUGCCCAUCACCGAUGAGAUGCGUGAGAAGUCGAAGUACUACAACGGCCACGCUCACGGCGAGCACCACUAAGCCAGAACACGGACACUGCACUCCGCCUCCUGAGGCUUGAACCUGUUUGGUGUAGCGUAGCAACAUCAUCGGCUUCUUGUCCGUUGUGGUUUUCUUGUUUCCGUCUGCUUCUCGUCCCUUGCCCCCUUGGAUCAGUCCUCGAGCAUGCCCGUACGGCACCUCGAGACACCGUUCCACACCCUUAGUCCUUUUUUUCCCCUCCCUGACAGGGCCUGCACUUGCGAUAUGCGGGGUCUCCAUGGUUUAUCCAGGGCUCAACUCGUGUACUUUCGUGUUGCUGCGCCCUUCAGCCAGCGCCUAGAACUGGCUCUGUCCCGUUCUCGGUCGCCUGAAACCCUGAUCUUGUCAAAUGUUGUGGGUAGCUCGUCAAACGCCGUGCCUACCGUCCAUUGGCAUGCCCCUUCCUUUUUCUUGGCUGCGCCCUUCCCUCCCUCCCUGGAGGAAGCACAGCCUAUGAUCUAAAAAGAAAUUGAAAAAAUCUUGCUCA